AUGAACUAAUUACUUUAACAAAAUGAUGAUAUCUAGGAGAAUUAGAUUAAUAAUAAUCAAGAUCUAGAUUAGUUACAAUAAUAAAAUGAAGACGAAGAUUAAAUAUAAUCAAUUAAUCAAAAUUAAUAAUAAGAUGAAAAUGAAGGUUUAGAUUAAGUUCACAAUGAUUAAGAUCUAUAAUAAAUUCAAGAAGAGAGUUAAUAAAAUAGUUAGAAAUAAGAUGAAAAUGUUGAAACUAAAAGAAUAAAAACAUAAGGAGAGAUAGAAACUACUACACAAAGAAAAGAUUAAAAUAGACAAUUAGAAACUGAAAAGUAAUAAAGAAUUAAAACAACUACAGAAAAAACAUUUAAAACACUUGAAUAGAUUUAUAAUAAAGGAAAUACCUAUUCAUUUCUUCAUCUUAGAACAGCUCAAUAAUUUGAUACAAAAAUAGUGCAUGAUUAAUUAAAUAAAUCUCAUGCAAAACAAUAAUAUACUUUUCCUAAAGCUUAAAGAUUUUCCAAGCCUAAACAAAGUUAUUGCUCUAUUUAGUUUUAUGAUUCAUAGUAAAUAGUAUUAUUAAUCUUAGAAUUUAAACAUAAUUAAAUAAAAGAGCAGCAGCUCUAGGUUAUGGAAGUAAAUCUGAUUUCACAAGAAGAGAUAAAUAUAUUCCAGGACCUACAGAUUAUAAUAUCAAAUUAUAACCAAAGCCAGGAGUUAAAUUUGCAUAUGGAAGAGAUGAAAUGCUUUCUAAAGGCCUUCAUGGUAGACCAAAUACUAAUCCUGCUCCCAAUUUAUAUUAAGUGAAAGAUAUCAUCACUACAUUUAAAUAUUCUAUGGGAAUAAGAACAUCUGCAAAACGUACUUAAAUUCCUUUCAUUUAUAAGACAUUUAUCUUGAAUCUACAACUCCUGCACCAGAUAGAUAUAAUAUUGGUGGUUUCAGUUCAAAAGGGAAUUGCUUUAUUGGGAAGUACAAAAGUAGUGGAGCCCCUGUUAUUUCUCCAUCAACUGCUUAAUCUCAAAGAGUAAAAAGAGUACCUGGUCCUGGAACAUAUGAUCCUCCUGGAGAUAUAGGAGACCCAAGAAAUUAUUUACCUUCAUAAUAUUCUACUAGAAGUGGAUUUCGAUUUGGUUAUUAAGAAAGAUAAACUUAAGAGAUUAAAAAUAAAUAAUGUAAUUAAAUUAUUUAUAUUUAGUUCCUGGUCCUGGUACUUAUUAACUUCCAUCAGAGUUUGGUGAUUUUGAAUACCCUCCUUCAUUUUGA